AUGAUGCCCCCAAAUAAUCUUCAGGCAAAGCAGACCUCAAAAGAUGACAACCAAAGCUCUACUAGUAACCGUAAGACAGCAACGACAAGGGCACAAGAGCAAGCCUUGAAGUGUCCGAGAUGUGACUCGCCCAACACAAAAUUCUGCUACUAUAACAAUUACAGUUUAACACAGCCCAGGCAUUUUUGCAAGACUUGUAGAAGGUACUGGACUAAAGGAGGGGCCUUGCGCAACGUUCCCAUCGGCGGUGGCUGUAGAAAAAACAAGAAGAUAAAGUCAUCUUCCAGGCUCUCAAAUGACUCCAAAGACUCGAGUGGCUCCUCGGAGAUCGGUGGAUUCAACUUCUUUCAAGGACUCUCCCCAGCUAUGGAUUUUAAUCUUGGUGGGUUAUCAUUUCCUAGGCUGCACCCUUCACCAAGUGGCAUAUAUAACCAUUUCCCUUCGUUUGGGGAUAUCUCAGCAACUUCUGCAGCUGCACUUACUGUUACUAGUCCUUCUUGUUUCAGUCUUGAUCCAUCUAUGAGCUCCACUGCUUCUGGUUCCUUGAUGGGGUUUAAUUAUCCACUUACUUCAGUUACUAGUGGGUUUGGUGGUGCAAUUCAGGAGAACAUUGGUGGUGGUUCAAUGAAUGUCAACACAAGUCUUGCGUCUUCAAUUGAGUCUCUGAGUUGUAUAAACCAAGAUUUACACUGGAAGUUGCAGCAGCAGAGGUUGGCUAUGCUAUUUGGUACAGGAGAAAAUCACAAAGAUGGCAGUACUGUUUCUACAGCUCCAAUUGAGAACCAGGUACAGAAACCACAACCAAUCAUGUUUGAAAAUCUUGAAAUUUCAAAACCACAAGCAUGUGCUGCUGGUAAUUCAAGAAAAGACGGUGCAACUAGUGGGGAUACAGCAACUGAGUGGUUCUUUGAGAAUUCAUAUGCUCAAGUGACAGCAACGCCAACAAAUAGUAGCAACAAUGGCAAUAAUGACAACACAGGCAAUUGGAAUGCGGUUCGACCUUGGGGUGAUUUGCAUCAGUAUAGUGCUUUGCCCUAG